AUGUAUGUGGCGCGUCGAAAUAAUCAUCUUGGUUUCUACGUUCAGUGUGAACCUGUAGUUCCAACUGAUAAAUGGUCGAUCCAAACGAAAAUAAAGUUGAAGGUUGUGCAAAAAAAUCGGAAUGAUGUCAUUGAAACGGUGGAUUACUGUUACGAAAAAAUAAUACUACAUGGAUUUCCGGAGUUCCUAGAAUGGGAGCAAAUGGAAAAAGAGUACAUUGUGGAGGGAAAUUUGACAGUAGAAGCUCAUGUAUCCGUCAUUCAGACAACAGGAUUGGGGAAAGAGAAAAAUCGAAUGUUUGAUGAAUCCCAAAAAGAUGUUUCCGACGUUGUUAUGGUUGUCAGAGAUAUUAAGUUUUAUGUCUCGAAAAUGUUCCUCGCCUCUCAAUCUACCGUUUUUAAAGCGCUUCUUCUCGGAAGCUUUUCAGAAUCAAAGCAAUCAGAAGUCUCCUUGAAUGGAAUCGAUCCAGAUGACUUUCAUUAUUUCUUGGAGGUUUUAUACGGAGAAUCUGCAAUUAAUGAUACUAAUGUAGAAGGUAUUACUCUUCUGGCUGACAUGUAUGAUUCCCCAACAGCAAUCAGAAGACGUGAGGAGUUUUUUCUGAAAGAAUCAAAAAAGAAAUUGGUAAAGAAACUGGAAAUAGCGAUUCGAUAUCAUCUGGAGAAGUUGAAGAAAAAGUGUAUGAGUGAAAUCGGGAUUUUGGAAGAUCUAGCUGUAGUUCCGAAGCAUGCUAACCGUUAA